AUGGAUCGUCAGCGCGCGCCUAGCGCCACGCUGACGCAUAAAUUCUGGGCAUCAACUAACGACACCAGGAGUAAGCAUGAGCGGGAUACGGUAGAGAGAGAGAUGCACGAGAACAAAUAUAGUGGUAGCCAGUGGCAAAGCGCGAAAUAA